AUGGGUUCCAGCAGCUUGCUCCCCGCUAAACCGCAGGUGCUGGGGUCCUCCUCCUCCAUCCCAUGUAGCUUCCCAGAGGCCACAUCUGUCUCUGCACUCACUUCAAAUGAGCUGAUUACAACACAGAGGAUGUGGACAGUGGAGUUUUUCCUGAUUGAUGUCACACUGCUACCCUUUAAAAGCCCAAGGAAAAAAGGAGGGAAUCCAGCCCGGGAUCCUCACGCCAGAUACCCCAGCAAGAAGGAGAGAAAGGCCCUGGAGUCAGGGAGGCAGUGUCAGGUUUCCAAGUCCACGCCAGCCAUUCAGAGAGCAGCAAUGUCAGGGGCCUGCCUCGGGCUCCUGGUCUGUGUCCUGUGCUGUGUAGUCAGAGCCUAUCCCAAUGUAUCCCCGCUGCUCAGCUCCAGCUGGGGUGGCCUGACCCACCUGUACACAGCCACCGCCAGGAACAGCUACCAUCUGCAGAUCCACAAGGACGGCCGUGUGGAUGGCACACCCCACCAGACCAUCUACAGUGCGCUGAUGAUCAGAUCAGAGGACGCUGGCUUUGUGGUGAUAACAGGUGUGAUGAGUAGGCGAUACCUCUGCAUGGACUUCAGGGGAAACAUUUUUGGAUCACAUCACUUCAGCCCCGAGAGCUGCAGGUUCAGCCAGCAGACGCUGGAGAACGGCUACGACGUGUACCACUCGCCCCAGCACCGCUUCCUCGUCAGCCUGGGCCGGGCCAAGCGGGCCUUCCUGCCGGGCACCAACCCCCCGCCCUACUCCCAGUUCCUGUCCCGGAGGAACGAGAUCCCCCUGUUCCACUUCAACACCCCGCGGCCGCAGCGCCGGCACACGCGCAGCGCCGAGGACGACGACUCGGGGGCCGACCCGCUGAACGUGCUGAAGCCCGAGCCCCGCCUGACCCUGGCCCCAGAGGCCGACCCGCUGAACGUGCUGAAGCCCAAGCCCCGCCUGACCCCGGCCCCGGCCUCCUGCUCCCAGGAGCUCCCGAGUGCGGAGGACAACAGCGUGGGGUCCAGUAACGACCCGUCUGGGGUGAUCAAAAGCAACAGGAUAAACACACACGCGGGGGUGCUGGGCGCGGAGAGGUGCCGCCCCUUCCCCAAGUUUACCUAG